AUGUUCUGGCAUGCUGCAUCAACUAUCGGACGAGAUGGAUUCAUAUACCCCACAGACUACACAGACCACACAGACCGCACAGACAAGGGCCGUCAUGUGCUGGCUGGCCAGCUUCCCUUUCAACCAGCUCUGGUGCUACCGGCUCCGUUCGGCUGUUGCGAAGACUCAAGAGUCGAGACCCCAAGAGUCAAACAAACACGUCAAAGCAAUAGAAAAAGCGCGAGACUUUCAAACAGGGAAGCGUCAACUGGUUCGAGAAAAAUAAAGACACUACAGUGA